CACAACAAUGUCUAUCCCAGUGGUGAACAACUAAAGCCAUGGAGCCAGCUGGAAGGCAAGGUGGUGCUAGUGACGGGGGCAUCUUCGGGCCUCGGCCGCGAGUUCUGCUGGACCUGGCCAAGGCCGGCUGCAAAAUCAUCUCUGCGGCUCGCCGCCCUCCUACGGCUGCUGUUCGAGCGGUGGCCGUCGAGCUUGGUGUCACGGCCAAACGGGUCAGCCAUUGAGGCCGCCGUGCAGAGGGCUUGGGAUGCCUUCGGAUGUAUUCACACUUUGAUUAACAACGCCGGUGUCAGAGGAAGUGUAAGUUCUCCAUUGGAGCUGUCUGAGGAAGAAUGGAACAAGACGUUCAGGACAAACGUGACGGGCGCAUGGCUGGUGGCCAAGUUCGUGUGCACGAGGAUGAUGUGUGAAAGGGUGAGGGAGGAUCUGUCAUCAAUAUUUCUUCUAUUGAUGGCCUCGAUCGCACGCACUCGCUUGGUAGCGUUGCGUAUUGCUGUUCCAAGGCGGCCUUGCACAUAUUAA